CGCCGGAAGCUGAAGUCUCGCGAUACGUUAGAUUUUCGAACAUGGCGUCGGAAGCAGAGGCGGGCACUGCUGUAGUGACAGAACAGGAGCCAGGAGGAGGGGAAUCUUCCUUUGGGGAUCUACCUGCCAGCAUGGAUACAGAGUCAUCAAAUGGCAAGGAUGGAACGGAGGCUGCUGGUGAAGGCUCUGAAGUCGCCGAUGCUCUCACUGGAUCUGGAGAUGAGGAGAGCGGGAGGCAGCUCGGGGAGGUGGAGCUUCAGUGCGCCUUGUGCAUGAAGUGGUUCACCGCGGAUACGUUCGGCAUCGACACUGCAACCUGUCUCCCCUUCAUGACCAACUACGUGUUUCAUUGUAACGUCUGUCAUCACAGCGGGAAUACGUACUUCCUCAGAAAGCAAGCAAACCUGAAGGAAAUGUGCCUCACAGCCUUGGCAAACCUUACAUGGCGAUCUAGAACACAAGAUGAGCACCCAAAGACCAUGUUCUCCAAAGACAAGGAUAUCAUACCAUUUAUUGACAAGUACUGGGAGUGCCUGACAACUCGUCAGAGACCAGGAAAGCUCACCUGGCCCAACAACAUAGUGAAAACCAUGAGCAAAGAACGGGAUGUUUUCCUUAUGAAGGAACACCCUGACCCUGGCAGUAAAGAUCCUGAGGAGGAGUACCCAAAGUUUGGUCUUCUGGAUCAGGAUCUGGGAAAUAUUGGACCUUCGUAUGACACUCAGAAACAAACCACUGGAACUCCCACAACUGGAGGGCUUAAUGGUGCUCUGGCUCCUGGACCAGGAAAAGGAAGAGGAGCCAAACGUAAGCAGCAGCAACAACAGGAGGGUACAACUGCAGGAGCAACGAAGAGAACCAGGAGUGAUCCUUUGUUCUCGGCUCAGCGGUUGCCUCCACACGGUUACCCUCUGGAGCACCCGUUCAAUAAAGAUGGGUAUCGUUACAUCCUGGCAGAACCCGAUCCUCACGCUCCAGACCCAGAGAAACUGGAGCUGGAUUGUUGGGCCGGCAAACCCAUUCCUGGUGAUCUGUACCGGGCCUGUCUGUAUGAAAGGGUGCUGCUAGCCUUACACGACAGAGCACCUCAGUUGAAGAUCUCAGACGAUCGUCUGACAGUGACGGGAGAGAAGGGCUACUCCAUGGUCCGAGCCUCUCACGGUGUGCGGAAAGGCGCCUGGUACUUUGAGGUUUCAGUGGAUGACAUGCCUCCAGAGACUGCAGCCAGGCUCGGCUGGUCUCAGCCUCUGGGUAACCUACAGGCACCGCUGGGCUACGACAAGUUCAGUUACUCGUGGCGCAGCAAGAAGGGCACUCGCUUUCACCAAUCGAUGGGCAAACAUUACUCCUCAGGCUACGGCCAGGGGGACACGCUGGGUUUCUUCAUUGAGCUGCCUGACGGCACAGAGACAGCCAAGGCCCUGCCUGACACCUACAAAGACAAGGCACUGAUUAAGUUCAAGAGCUACCUGUAUUUUGAGGAGAAAGACUACGUGGACAAAGCAGAAAAAAGCCUGAAACCAAUAGGCCAUAGCAGGAUGGUGUUCUAUAAAAACGGAGUGAACCAAGGGGUUGCGUUUGAAAACCUGUUUGAAGGCAUCUACUUUCCUGCUAUCUCCCUGUACAAGAGCUGCACAGUUUCUGUCAACUUUGGGCCACAUUUCAAAUUCCCACCAAAGGACAUCAAGUACCAGCCGAUGAGCGACAUGGGGUGGGGAGCAGUGAUCGAACAUACGCUGGCUGACACGUUGUACCACGUGGAGACGGAGGUGGACGGACGGCGCAGCCCCCCGUGGGAAGGAUGAAGACCCUGCUCCACAUCCACGUUGUUCCACCUUCAAGCAAUAAGCUGUAAACAGUUCUGCUGUGAAGGGAAGGUGAAAGAAACAGCAUUUCAGCUUUUGUGAUAAUAAAUGUUGGACAAACUGGAAGUUUAGACCUCACUAAAACGAUUUUGUCAUGCUAAGAACAGUUGACUGUCCACAGAGAUAGUUUUAAGCCCCAAAAGUUCCAUUCCUCCAAGAAAAUGAACCCUAACUGAGCUGAUCUUUGAUGCUUAUUGAUGCUUGUUGCUGGUUUUAAAUGUGUCGACUACAGUUUAACACAUUUAAUGUGUUGCGUUCCACUCAUUUACACUCAGUCUCUCUGCAGGUCUUUAGUGUUGUCUGUUUUUUUAUUAUUAUUAUUUUAUUUGUUUAACAAAUUGUUAGUUACAGUUUUAUACUCUGGAUUAAAU